ACGUCAUUUCACCGGGAUUGAAAAUAUCAAAACAAAUAAGCAUCUGGGCGAGAGUUUUCGCUACUCUGUUCAACAAAUUCUGAUGCAAGCUAGUGCAAUAGGAAGAAAUUAAGCAAUUUGCUGGCGCGCUCUAUUUGUCUGCCCUAUUGGCAACUCCGAAAUUUCAACAAGUGAAUCCGUAAUCAAGCCCCCACCAUCAUGAGUGAUAUCCAAACUUGGUACAAACAAGUGCCGCCUUUUACGCGGAUCUGGCUCACGGCCACGGUCGGUAUUUCGUUGCUGGCCAAAAUAGGUUUACUGCCCGCCGGUUAUCUUAUACUACAGCAUGCACCGAUGCUAUACAAAUUCCAGCUAUGGAGGCCUAUGACCGCGGUACUGUUCUACCCACUGAAUCCCGGGACCGGGUUUCAUUUUAUGAUGAAUUGCUUUUUCCUGUACAACUACUCGUUACGGCUAGAGUCGGACCAUUACAAGCAAAAGCCCGGUGACUAUUUUUAUUUGCUCUUUUUCAACUGGAUCCUGUGCGUGAUCAUCGGGUUGGUGGUUGAUCUGCCCAUUCUGAUGGAUCCGAUGGUACUUUCGGUGCUGUACGUGUGGUGCAAGCUAAACCAGGACGUAAUCGUUAGCUUCUGGUUCGGAAUGCGCUUCAAGGCGAUGUACCUACCGUGGGUACUGCUCGGCAUGAACAUGAUUCUGUCCUCGGGAAGCAUAUUCUCGCUGGUGGGCAUCUUCGUUGGACACGCUUACUACUUCCUCAAGUUUAGCUAUCCGAGCGAACUCGGUGGACCGAGCCUGAUUGAAACGCCGUUCUUCAUCAAACGCUACUUUCCCGAUGUGCAGGGAGGCACGCACGGAUUCGGUGUGCCACCGGUCGGACAACGGCCGGUACCGCAACAGCAGCAAACCGAUACGGCUGGCUUCCGCCAUGCGUGGGGCCGUGGUCAUACGCUCGGACGUAAUUAGAUACGUGUGAUGCAUUUCGAUUGUACAUAGGCCAAUGAUGAUAAACCUGUUGUGUGAGCCAGCAAGGGUGUAAUCUUGUACUCGGGAUGGGAAAAUGGGAUUGCCGUUGUCGUCGUCGUCGUUUAGCUGUCGCAUGGGGAACUUUCCUGAUAGUCUGACAUAAUUCGUCUUUACUACAAUAAGUACACAUACACAAGCUGCGGGAAGGAAAUGCGUGUUUUUUUUUCUAAUGUAAUAAAUAUUUAAUCUUGA